UAUCUCUGAAUGAGCCAACUUUAAAGAGAAGGCUAUUAUGGGACAAUUACUUACAACAUUUUCUUAAAGCAUGUCUUCUAAAGACUAAAUACUACUUACUAAAGUAGCAUCAUAGCUGGUUAGUUUUCAGGUUGCUUUAAUUCGUGGUUCCGCCUGCAGAUGACAAGACAUACUCGGCUACAAUCCGAAGAGGAGCAGCAAGUGCAGGCAGAUUUAAGCUAACACUAGCUACAAUAACAUCUUUUUACCCCAGUGUGGGGUUUUGUCAGUCCUUGGUUUGCUAGCGUGUUCAAGGCUGGCUUCACUGGACAAACAUGCAGAAAUAUGAAAAGCUUGAAAAAAUCGGGGAGGGUACGUAUGGGACCGUUUUCAAGGCUAAAAACAGAGAAACCCACGAAAUUGUGGCUUUGAAAAGAGUCAGGUUGGAUGACGACGACGAGGGGGUGCCAAGUUCUGCUCUGAGAGAAAUUUGUCUUCUGAAGGAAUUGAAACAUAAAAACAUUGUCAGACUACAUGAUGUUUUGCACAGUGACAAGAAGUUAACCUUGGUUUUUGAAUACUGUGAUCAGGAUUUGAAGAAGUAUUUUGACAGCUGCAAUGGGGAUCUAGAUCCUGAAACUGUGAAGUCAUUCAUGUACCAACUGUUAAAAGGCCUUGCGUUCUGUCACAGUCGAAAUGUUCUUCAUAGAGAUCUGAAGCCGCAGAAUCUCCUCAUCAACAGAAACGGGGAGUUGAAGCUGGCUGACUUUGGGUUGGCUCGAGCAUUUGGCAUUCCUGUGAGGUGUUACUCAGCAGAGGUGGUGACAUUGUGGUAUCGGCCUCCGGACGUGCUGUUUGGAGCUAAACUUUAUUCUACCUCUAUCGAUAUGUGGUCUGCUGGAUGCAUAUUUGCAGAGCUGGCUAAUGCUGGAAGGCCGUUAUUCCCCGGCAAUGAUGUGGAUGACCAGUUGAAAAGAAUUUUCAGAUUGUUGGGAACACCAACUGAAGAACAGUGGCCGACAAUGACAAAACUCCCAGAUUACAAGCCAUAUCCCAUGUAUCCAGCCACCACUUCACUGGUGAAUGUGGUCCCUAAAUUAAGUAGCACAGGACGGGAUCUACUUCAGAACCUGUUGAAAUGCAAUCCUGUCCAGAGGAUCUCUGCAGAAGAGGCCUUACAGCAUCCUUACUUUGCUGAUUUCUGCCCACCGUAAAUGCUUAGUUGCUUCUCACUAAACGUCAGCUGCCAGAAUCAACCAUCCCCUCUCUCUGUUGGGACUUUAGGACAAAUUCAAAACAAGGCAAAUUCCUCCCCUGCAAUUCAUUCUGUUGUGCCUCUGUGAGGAACAGUCUUUGUGUCCCUGCAAGGACUUAGCUUCUUUUAAGUUGAAAGCCUGUUUUAAUUUGGCAUGCACACACUUCCCAGUUAAUUAGCACGCAUGUUGGACGAUGUUGGACUGCAUAAACUUUAUACCUGUGAAAAUGGUGCUCAAAAACAGUACAUCAUAAUUAAGGAAGGCCCUUAGAAUCUGUGGUAAUCUCAUUUGGUGAAUUCACUUUGGAUACACAAAAUUUCAGUACAGUACAGCUGCCCCUCAAAAAGCCUGUGUAAAUGUAUUGUUUCCCUCCCAAAGCAGAUUUAAAGUCUUAUCUUCUACACAGGAGUUUGGAUGCCAGUCCCAAUAUUUAUAUUUGAGCGUUUACAAUAUAUGUUGCUAUAUUGACCAGCUGAAUUUGGUUAUUAAAACAUGUGGCUGAGAUAUGUGUGGACAGACUAAUUUAAUGGUGGCACAAGUUCUAAAGAUCUCAUACUCUAUGUGGCAUGUGUGUACAACUGUUUACCUGUUAGCCAUCAAAUAUACCUUUUACUGAUUUAAUAUUUGCUAAAACAUUCCAGAGGCCAGUGAUGCUACAGAGCUUCUGUUUACAAUUAGGCUGCAUUAAUUAAUCUGUGAGUUUUAGAAUCAAAGUCUGUGACUUUCAAAAAAUUUCCGCGGGGGCUUUCUGAAUGUUAACAUGCCAUUUGGGAGUAAUCAAAGGGAAAAGGGACCACUCCCCCAGUUAAAAGCUAAAUUUAAUUACUUUAAUUACUCUUUUUUUUUUUUUUACUCAUUAGAUAAUGCUAGCUGUUAAUCAGACUUAACUGUAAGUGUACUUGUUGAAUAAUGUUCCUUUUUUUUCCUACAGCUAGUACCAAAUUAAAAACCUACUGGCAACAGUGUUGAAAAUAGUGAGACAAUUAGAUUGUUUCUACUACAUGUGCUCUACACACUUUAGUUCUUCUGAUAUUUUGCAGUUGCCAAUUACAAGAUGGUAGGAUAGCACGGGAGGCUAACUGAUCAUUUCUGUUUUCUCAGGCUUUUAUUUUCUCAUUUUGUUUUUAUCUUUUGUGCACUUUGUGAUACUUUUAUUUCAAAUUGUUUAGUUAACAGUAUUUUAGAAUAUAUUGAACACUGACAGGAUUACAGCCAGUUAUCAAUAAAUGGGCCAACAUGUAUAUGUUAAUGCCUGGUGAACCAUUAGUGAUACACUAUUUUUUUUUCUAUCAUCAUCAUACUAACACUUUUCUCAAAUGCUUUCCUAACGAUUAAGGUAAAAAUGAAAAAAAAACAAACAGAUAAUCCUCUGAUAAUCUGUAUUUUCAUGUAAUGACUGUUUUUGCCCCAUUAGCUGUUUCCAUUUUAGUUACUUAUUAUAUUAACAUGGUUAACAUCUUGCAGUGUUAUUUUGCUCACGAUUGUUACAGUGCUUCUACUCAUCCCAUAGAAAUCAACCAUAAUGAGCUGUGUUUGAAGUAGCUGUGUUAAUAGGAAAGGGGUUUAUUUUCCUUUUGCUGAUGUAAAACAAAAAUAAUUGAUGCAUGUAUUUAUUAAUGAUGAAAUGUCUGCUUUUUUUUAAUUAUUUUUAAAUGUAGCACACUUCCAUUCAGUACAGAAGUUCUUUGAAUGAUUUAAAUAUGCUCCAGUCUAUUGUGCUUAGCAGGCUCUUUUUAGGAUUUAAAAAAUGUUUGAAGGUUGUGUGUGUGUGUGUGUGUGUGUGUGUGUGUGUGUGUGUGUGUGUGUAUAGGUUAAGUUUAUAAUGAAAAACACAAAAAUGUUUUCUCUCAUCCACUUGUAUUGACGGGGCAUUUUACUUUACACAGCUUAAAUCUGAGUUUGAAUGAUGAGUGGAUUUUGCACUUUUUUUCUAGUCUCUCUGCUGUUGCUGGUAGACUUUGGGACAAAUGUUUUAUGUAUAUUUCAGCUGAUAAGACUCAAUAUUCAGUAAAGUCAACAUCAAUAUAA